AUGAGACCAACCCUGUUUAGGCCAUUUCAACCGACCAUCCGAGUCCUCGGCCACGAGAACCCCUUGGGGCUCCCAAAGUCCGGUACACCGCCGAACUGGCCCAGAAAGCCUGUACAACGCAAGAUUCGUGGUGUGGAAAAAGUCGUCGCCGUCUCGUCCGCCAAGGGCGGCGUCGGCAAGAGCACAGUUGCAGCGAACCUGUCACUGGCUUUUGCGCGACUCGGCUAUCGCGCCGGCAUUCUGGAUACCGACAUUUUUGGUCCUUCUAUUCCGACAUUAUUCAAUCUAUCCGGGGAGCCUCGGUUAUCCCAAGGUAAUCAACUGAUUCCGAUGACGAACUAUGGCGUCAAGACCAUGUCAAUGGGCUACCUUGUGCCAGAAGACGACGCUGUCGUAUGGAGAGGGCCGAUGGUGAUGAAGGCCAUCCAACAACUCCUUCACGAAGUUGACUGGGGCGGCUUGGACAUUCUUGUUCUUGACCUGCCCCCUGGCACCGGUGAUACACAGCUUACCAUUACUCAACAGGUCAUCCUCGAUGGAUCCAUCAUCGUCACCACGCCUCACACACUUGCCGUCAAAGAUGCCGUCAAGGGCGUCAACAUGUUUAACAAAGUCAAUGUGAACAUUCUGGGCUUGGUCCAGAACAUGUCGCUCUUCAGCUGCCCACACUGUCACGGCGACACGUAUGUGUUCGGGUCCAACGAGAGGGUUGAGCGCAUGUGCAGGGACCACAAGAUCGACUUCCUGGGCGAUGUCCCUCUGCAUCCGUCCAUCGGCGACGACGCGGACCUGGGCAAACCCACUGUUGUGGCAGAACCAAUGAGCGAGAGAGCCGAGAUCUUCCUCAAGAUGGCGAGAGACAUUGCCCCGAAAAUCGACCUUCGCAUGCCGUAG